GAUGAUAAACUUUCCUAAAAGUCAAGCGUGGGUAUCUAACAUUCUAAGUUCUAACUCCAGUGUCCAUCUAACAAACAACGAGCCAGAUUGUUCCGUCACUCUCACUAUGUACCCAAACUUGUCAUACGCAAAUAAGCGUGGAUUAUGGUUAUAAUAAGCUCAAUAUCUCCAAGAAAGUAGUCACAACUCACAAGAUUUUAUCAAUGGCAGAAGUGAGAAAAAUGAAGCUGGGUUCACAAGGUCUGGAGGUGUCAAUUCAAGGACUUGGGUGUGCUGGAUUAGUUCGUCCUCCAAAACCAGAAAAUGAGAUGAUUGCUGUCAUUCGUCAUGCUAUCAAUUCUGGUGUCACUUUUCUUGAUACUGCUGAUUUUUAUGGCCCUUUUACUAGUGAAAUUCUACUAGGAAAGGCUCUAAAAGGAGGGAUAAGAGAGAAGGUACAAUUGGCAACUAAAUUUGGGUUAAAAUCUGUCGAUGGCAAGAUAAUCGUGCAGGGCGAUCCUGCCUACGUGAGGGCUGCUUGUGAGGCUAGCUUGAAGAGACUCAAUGUUAAUUACAUUGACCUUUAUUAUCAACAUCGUGUUGAUACUCGUGUUCCAAUUGAAGUCACGGUUAGUAGUGUCUUCAGUACAUCAAUAAUUCACAAAUCUAUUUCAAUUGAAGUCUCUAAUGCUUCCAUCAUUUUUCUUCUAUCCAAUGUUCAGAUGGGGGAACUCAAGAAACUGGUUGAAGAAGGGAAAAUUAAGUAUGUUGGUCUAUCUGAAGCAUGUGCAGCAACAAUCAAAAGAGCUCAUGCCGUCCAUCCCAUAACUGCUGUGCAGAUGGAGUGGUCUUUGUGGACUCGAGAUUUAGAAGAACAAUUAGUUCCUACUUGCCGAGAACUAGGGAUUGGGAUCGUUGCAUAUAGCCCUUUAGGUCGGGGAUUCUUCUCGUUGGGGCCCAAGGUGGUUGAAAGCUUCCCUGAAGGUGACUACCGAAAGACUAUACCGAGGUUCCAACCUGAAAACCUCGAGCGUAACACCCACGUCUUUGAACGAGUGAGUGAAAUGGCAGCGAGAAAAGGGUGCACAACAUCGCAGCUUGCUCUUGCUUGGGUUCAUCAUCGAGGGGAGGAUGUGUGUCCUAUUCCGGGCACAAGCAAGAUCAAUAAUCUGAACCAAAACAUCGCAGCCUUGUCCGUGAAACUUACACCUGAUGAAAUGGCUGAAAUCGAGUCUUAUGGCUCAGCUGAUAAUGUGUUUGGUGAUCGACUUUUGACUAAAACUUAUUCAUGGCUCGACUCCGAUACUCCUCCUUUAUCUUCCUUGCAAAUUUCUUGAGAACGAUUCUUUGCGAGGAUUUGAUAUGUUUUAUUGAUUCGCACAUACAUUGAUGCUAAAUUUUUUAAUUUUUCAAGAGUCGUAUGUAAAAUAUCAAAUUAAAGACCCUUUGUAAUUAAAUUCAAUAACAUGCAAUAGAUCAUAAGAACUUGUA